AUGGUCAAACGACUACAACAACUUCAAAUGGUCCAAAUACUUGGUAGAAACCGCACAUACCUUCCAUGGAUAGAUGGUCAAACGACUACAACAACUUCAAAUGGUCCAAAUACUAAAGAGGACUGUGUUUACAACUAUGCAUGUUCAAUGUUGUCUCUUGGCUUAGUGUUUCAAGAAUUUGAAGAUGCAAUACGUGAAGGGGAUGGUGAUAGGGAAGAAAGAAUAUGGAAGCUACUCCUGUUAAUAUUCAAGGCGAAAGUUAGACGAAAGGGGAGCAGGACAAAAUAUGCUUUUGAAGCUUUUCGGUACAUUGCACUUCUUGAAUCACUCUUGACACCUCGUAUGGCACAUAAACUAAAAUGGGGAAGAUUUGUAAAUACUUCUGGAGGGCAUGGUAAGAACAUCGCAUGUGAUAUGAGAGUAGAGCUCUUCCGAUCUAAGACAAAAGAACUUCUUUCUGGAAUAGGAGGCAAGAUGGAUGAAAAAAAUUCACAAAAAGUUGUGAAAGCACAACAAAAGUUGGAUGCUGUUGUUCUGAAUUUUGACCAAGAAUGUGGAGUCAAUCCACAAUGCAAGACCCACACAAAACUCAGUUCAGAAAAUGAUGUUGAAAACAUGUUAUAUGAUUUGCAAAAGAUUAAUGUCUUUCAGUUCCGGGCAGGAAGACAACACAAGGCCUUUCCAGACCAUGCUAAGUCCAUACUUGAGGAUUUAGAUAUGGGAAAGGUGUUGACGUGGGUACAACGGUUGGUGAAAAGAUUCUCCAAGAGUCACCAAACAGUUGAUGAACAAGAUGAAAGUGAUAAUGAAGGUUGACAAUUUAUUAACUGGUUGUUAUUGGUUGUCAUUUGUUCUCCAAUAAGCAGAGAUAUGUACCAUAGAUAUUAUAACAUACAAGGGCGUAAAUAGGUCAAUAAUUGGGGGGGGGCAUAUUCAUAUAUUCGUGUUCACAGACUGUAAAAACAAUCGAUUUUAAAAGAAAUUAAUUGUGCAGAACACGAAUAUAUGAAGAUGGCCCUCCAAUUAUCGACCUAUUUACGCUCUUGAUAACAUAUCUUAUCAAACGGGGUUAGUGUUAACAUUUUUUACACUUUCAACAAUAUUAAAAAUGGCAAUAGCAUGGUCUUCACCCCAUAAAUCAACAUUAUCAUGCACAUCUUUGAUGGAGUAGAAAGUAUCACAUUUACUAAUAACUUGUUCAAUAACAGUUUCAGUGAAACCAGUUACCUUGUCAACUCCAAACAAGCUUGUUUCCUUGCAUGCCACAAGACCAUCUCUAUAUUUUGUCAAAUGUUGUCGAACUUCACUUUUUUGCUUCCCAGAUAGUUGAGGGUAAAUAACAACUUCUUUAUUUGCAGUUUUUCCAAUUGAUAGACAACGUAACUCUUUCUCAGAUGUACUUACAAACCCACCAGCACUUCUAAAACAUACAUCACAACAAUUCUGUGGUUCCAUUAGCUUGCACUGUUUUUCUGCUUCAUCUGAACCAUCAAAAUAGUGUAAAAUCAAAAAUCGUCUGCAAGUUGAUGUAUUCAUAGCAUACCCUUUCAUUGUUUCAAGUUCGUCAAAUUGCAUUUUCAUGGCAGACGAUUUAGUAAGUUUAGCCUUAUAAUGACCAAACUCCCUUCCACCAACAAACAGUAGAGACUUUGAUGCUUCUCCAUCCCUUCCGACACGGCCACUCUCCUGUACAAAUUGCAUGAGUGUAUCUGGAGACUUAAAGUGAACAACAGUUCUCACAUUGGGACAGUCAACCCCCAGUCCAAAUGCUGAUGAGCAAACAACAACUCUAAGUGGACCAUCUGGUUUGGUAAACUUCGCUAUGAUGUCCUUUUUUGUUCUAUCAUCCAUAACUUUUACAUACAUGUUAACCAAUAAUUGGUUAGCGUUAUCAUAAAUAUUGCUUCCCAAGGCAUUUUCAAAGAACUCGUAAAUGGUAGCACAAUCAUUAGUUGAGGUACAGUAUAUAAUCACUUUAUCUGCUUUGUCAUUGUGCUGCAACAGUUGUUCAACAACAAAACCAAAGCAGGAUUGGAAUAGUUGAUCAUCAUCCCCUUGACAGUUAGGAAGGAUACAUACUUUAUAAAAUAUGUUGGGUCGGUUUGUAGAUGAUUUGAUAACAAUACAACCUUCCAUAUCCAAUUUAGCAGUGAUGUAGUUCAUUGUUUUGCAAUUAGCAGUGGCUGUAAGUGCAGUUAUAGGUAAUCCAGCCAUCAUUAAAGCACGGAUGUCUUUUAACUCAUUGUAAGCGCUUCUGAAAUCUCUGCCCCUUAAAAUAAAUCAAGUGAGUUCAGAGUAGGUUACUGUAUAAAGUUACUUAUUUGCAAGGCUAAUUAUAUAACGUGAUGAACCAAAGUGUAAAAAAAUUUUGCCCUAUCCAAUCGUUGGUUAUCUCGCCACAUUUUCAAUAAUUUCAAUAAUCCUUUAAAACUUAGUAUAAACAUAUG